AUGAAAAGUUUGUACAUUUUAUUCGAAUGCUCAGCUGGGUAUUUCUUACUUAAAGUUGAAGAAUGGGAACAAAUAGGAAAUAAUGAGAAUCUUGAAAAAAAAAUAUUGAAUGCAGAUACAUUUCAUCAAAUUGUUCAAUUUUGUGCAUUUAUACCUUUUGAAACGGCCGAAACAGCAUUAGAAAAUUUACUUAAUAUUAACGAAGGAAAAGCAACAUCAUUUUUAUUAAAUUUUUUAGAACAGAAUUUGCCAAAUAAUAAAAGUCAAUAUGAAUUAGGAGUAGCAGAUCUUAACUUAGGCAAAUUUUUAUCUAACAUUGGUUUUAACAUAGUACAUAAUAAUAAUAUAUUAGAAUUAUUUCGAGCCUGUAGAUUAUUUUAUUUAAAAAAAAUCAAAAAAUAUAUUAACAAUGCUGAUAUAGAUAUUAAAAAUUUUAAUAUCGGUUUAGGUCAUAGUUAUUCAAGAUCUAAACUAAAAUUAGAUCCGAGAAAACAAGAUAAAUCUAUUAUUAAUAGUAUAGGAACUAUUGAAUCUUUAGACAAAAAUAUAAAUGUUUUUAGUAUGAGGGUUAUAGAAUGGUAUAGUUGGCAUUUUCCAGAGUUAAAAAAAAUUGUAACUGAUGUUUGUAUGUAUUGUAAAUUAGUUAUUUUAAUACAAAUAAAAGAAAAUUUUGAUUUCGAAAAUAAUAAAGAUAAAAUUAAUGAAAUAACACAAAAUGAAGAAAUGACAGAAAAUAUAGAAAAAGUAGCUAACUUAUCAAUAGGUCAAGAAUUAGCAGAAGAAGAUUUAAAUAAUAUUAUAAACUUUGCAAAUGAAGUUAUUAAUUUAUCAAACACUAGAAAUGUAUUAUGGAGCUAUUUAGAUAAAAAACUUGAUAUAGUUUCGCCAAAUCUUAAAGAGUUAUUAGGCAAUACAUUAAGUGCAAGGUUAAUUAGCCAUGCUGGGUCGCUAGUAAAUUUAGCUAAAUGUCCAUCAAGUAGUAUUCAAAUCUUUGGUUCUGAAAAAGCAUUGUUUAAUUCAUUAAAAGGCAAUAAAAAAACACCAAAGUUUGGAAUAUUAUAUAACUCUUCUUAUAUAUCUAAAACACCUACAGCAUUAAAAGGCCGAAUGUCUCGAUACUUGUCAUGUAAAAGUGCUAUGGCUGCACGAAUAGAUUCUUUUUCUGACUAUCCUACUAAUUCAUAUGGUAUUGCAUUUAAAAAACAAUUAGAACAUAAAAUAUUGCACAUGAUCAAGGGUGUUAAACUUUCGAAAAAUAUAGAUUAUAUUAAUGAAGCAGAAAAAAUCUAUAAAAACCAAAAUGGAAUUAGUAAUAUUGAGGAUGCUGAUGAUGAGGAAGAAAAGAAAAGAUUGAAGAAGGCCAAGAAAGAGGAAAAAAAAAGAAGAAAGCUAGAAAAAAAAAUGAAAAAAGAAAAAGAAAAAGCUGAAAAGGAGAAUGAGAAAAAGGAGAGUGAGGAAAAGGAAAAUGAGGAAAAGGAAAAUGAGGAAGAUGAUAAAUAA